UUUAUAGAUAUAUUAUGUACUUCAAAUAAAUAGAUUCCGGUUUGCGUCUGAUGUCUGUCUGGACUUGACUGAGUGGUCUUGGUUUGGGGAAUAGCAUGAUCGUGCUUACAUAAAUACUUAAAAAAUUCUUAUCGCCAUAUUGCUACCAUUAUUGCUACAUCCAUUAUGUUCGUUGUUCCUCAACAUCAAUCCAACCAACCUAAUACUGCUUCAAAGACAUGGGCAAAAAAGUAGAGCAGCCUGCGCAGCACUUAGUGCGCUUCAACUUAAACAUUUUUGCGGACAUCAGACUAAUUUGCGAAACAACGAGGCCAAAUGAGCGCAACUUGGUCGUUGUUUUCGAUAAAGACGACAAGUUGCCGAAAAGUCCAGCCUCGAGGAGAGAAGCAAGUCAGAGAAGAGCCAGUCCUGAUGAAGCGGAAACGCAACCUGUGCAUAGAAAACAAGGAGUUGUAUGUUCUUCGCCAGCUGCAGUUUCGACGCAGCGAGAAUCAGGAGAUGGAAAGCGUAAUGGCAAAAAAUCAGCUAGGACUUCAUCAAAGGGAAGAGGUGGGGUGUUGUGCGACAUUACCAAAGAGUUUGAAAUCGCUGAUACAGAUAUUCCCUGUCAAGAUCAGCCCAGCCCAACAAAGGCGCCACCUGCGAGAGCGGAAUCGCAACCUGUGCGUAGAAAACAAGGAGUUGGAAGUUCUUCAACAGCUGCAGUUUCGACGCAGCGAGACUCAGGAGAUGGAAAGCGGAAUGGCAAAAAACCAGCUAGGACUUCAUCGGAGGGAAGAGGUGGGGUGUUGUGCGACAUUACCAAAGAGUUUGAAAUCACUGAAACAGAUACUCCCUGUCAAGAUCAGCCCAGCCCAACAAAGGCGUCACCUGCGAGAGAGCCCUUGGCUGAGGUUCUACAAUACAAUGAUGGCGAGGAAGAAAAAACUGAGACUCCCAGCCUGACUGAAUCUAAUGUCAAUGAUGAUCAAACUUUUCAAACCCAACCAGUUGCAGCUAAACGGACUCUUCUAGCUGACCAAAGCAGCAGCCAAAACGACCUUGGGUGUGUAAAUUAUUUUUCUCUACUUUAUUUUUAAUAUUUUGUAUUGACAUUGUAUACAAA